GUCACUCGCCAUUUUUCAUUCUUUGUUUACACAUUCCUGUGAAAGUUUUUAACUAUUUUUCGAUAUCUGAAUGGAUGCAUAGCACUUGAGAUCACACGAAUAAUAUCCUACAACUUCUAGAGACUUGGCACAACGCAUCUGAGGUAACUGAACCCUUUGGUUUGCAGUUAUUUGACCUUUCUUUAUAUGAUGCAAAUCUGCGAAGAUGCUGUUAUAGGCCAGAGCGUAGGCCCAUACGAUAGGUAGAUUCCUUCACUGCUUCUGCGACACUCUCUGUGUGGACGAAGGAUCCUUUCCACUAAAGGCGAGUAAAAUCAAAUCAUAGACUAGCUUGAGUUAUAAAAAAAACGGACAUUGGAUAAGUUUUAGGGUUUGUGAUUGUUCAUAACAUUCCAUAGGUCACAUGACAGAAAUUUAGAAAUCGGGCUAUGACCAUUUUAUUCAUUGGUGACUCUCAUGUGAAGAGAUUCAGUGCAUACAUUGGCAACAGAAAACCCUCAGCGGAGUUAUUUGACAUUGAAAACCUCCCACAGCAACCAUUUUACCUGCAUCUCUAUAUUUUCAUAUUCGAAUACAGCGAUUAACCAUCUCCAUUCAGGAUUAUGGCUUCUCGUCCAAAGAGGCGUAGGACCAAACCUUCCUCAACCGAUAACCGAUCUACCCAGCCAGAUAACGAUUCAUCCCAACUGAAAAACCUAGUUACAGAAUGUAUGGCUGCAGCGUUACCCAUCAUUGAAAAGACUGUAAAAGAAUGCAUGUCCAAAUUAAACACCCCGCAACCAGCAGCCAACCAGCAGCCAGCAACGACUGGACAGCUGGAAGACAGAUCGGAUGAAGUCUCAAAUACUUCGACGUUCAAUACCAUUGUAAAUAAUCAAGACACCAUCACAGAUACAAAGAUUCAAGGAACUCUUUCCCAACAUGGAUAUGGAAGAAACGAUGGUUCCGCACACACUCCUACACCUCUGACCAGAACAGCAGACUUUCUUAUUAGGAACUCCCUCUCAGAAGACUCUUUGUCAUCCUAUAAGAACAUAUUUGCAACUUACAAACGUUUCAUUCAUACCCAUGUUGAUAGAAAUGCAGAUCCCCUGCCACCAUCGCUUUCUCAUUUGUUACUUGAUAUUGCGCAUUGCUACCAGUUAGGCUUGGCUGCUUCAACGACCCGCACACACAUAGCUGCACUAAGCUUUACCUUUCAACUCGGAGGCUAUCAAGAUCUUACACAAAGCUUUCUGAUCAAAAAACAAUUACAAGGAUUUAGCAAGGUUAAGCCAUCUAUUGACAAUAGAUUACCUAUAACACCAGACAUUUUGUCAAAAGUUGUAGCUGCUCUACCAUCCAUAACAACUUGUGCCUUUAACAGCACACUACUUCACGCUAUGUUUGUUCUGGCUUUUUGUGCCUUCCUAAGGGUGGGAGAAAUCACAAAAACAGCAGGCGCCAAGCAGCACUAUCUGUUAGCUGAGCAUGUUACUUUCCAAAAAGAUUCUGUUACAGGCAAUUCCAUAAACCUUACAAUCCCUCACUUCAAGCAUUCUAAUCAGUCUACCACUCUGCAUCUUCAGCAAAACAUGGCCAACCCAUUGUUAUGCCCCUUCCUAGUUCUACAAGCUUUCAUGAACAUUAGAGGUCACAGUUCACCUGCAGAACCCUUGUUUUCAUUCGUGGAUGGUUCCCCAGUUUCUCGUCAGUUUUUUACUGAACACUUAAAGUUGUCCCUGACAUUCUGUGGUCUAGAUAUAAACAAGUACCAAUCGCAUAGUUUCCGGAUUGGAGCAGCCACGACAGCGGCAGCCUCAGGUUCAUCGGACAUUCAAAUACAAAAUAUGGUCCGCUGGAAAUCUUCAGCGUUAAAGAAAUAAUACCGACCAUGAAAAUCUGAGGUGAAACAGUCCUAUGCCAAACACAAUCCCUAUUCUGAACAGCUUCGGUAUGAACCUUGAAGUCAGGGGCUUCAGGUUCAACACGUGAAUACUUUUUAGACACUGGGCGUUUUCCGAAUCUUGAAGUCAGGGGCUUCAGGUUCAACAUUGCGAAUGAUAUACCGGACACUGCGGGUAUUGAACCUUAAGGA